AGAUACUAUCUUCCUCAAUAACAUGCCUUUUACAAACAUAUUAUCCAGACAGGGUACUAUAUUGUUGUUCAGUUGCAACCUGGGACUCCCUCUCCUCGUACUUGAACUAUAAAAGCCAUUCAUGAGGGAGAGAGACACAGAAGAAAUGGAGAUGAUGAGCGGUUAUAGUCCUCAGAAAUCGAGGUCGAGUUCCAGCUCAAUUGGCGACAGCCCAGAGCAGGCCCGGGCCACCUCCACCGGGCAACGGAAGAAGGUGACUAGGAUCCGGGCCUGGAUGUUGGUGGACCAAAUGGGUCGGGCCCAGGUGCUGGAGGCUGGGAAGCAUUCCAUCAUGCGGAGAACGGGCCUUCCAAGGCGAGAUCUUCGGAUCCUGGACCCACUACUCUCGUACCCAUCAACUAUUCUGGGCCGUGAGAGGGCCAUAGUGAUAAAUCUAGAGAAUAUAAAGGCAAUAAUUACAGGCAAAGAGGUUCUGUUGUUGAAUUCAAAUGAUCCGUCUGUCACACCCUUUGUUGAAGAGCUACAGAAGCUACUCGAGCGUCACCACCAAGUCACCAGAGCCCAGGGGCAAAAUGGUGAUGGUUCAAAUAGGAUGGAUUUAUAUGAACUUGAAAAACUUCAAUCAAGGGCCGGUAGUUCUCAAACUUUCUCCAAAAUAUUUUCAAAGUUUAAGGAUCAAGAUGAGUCAUGUAAGGUGGAAGGAAAGCAUGAUGUUGAGAGUCAAGAUGGUUCAAAGAUUCUUCCAUUUGAAUUUGUUGCAUUAGAGGCAUGCCUAGAGGCUGCUUGCAGUGGCUUAGAAAGUGAUGCAAGUACAUUAGAGCAAGAGGCUAAUUUAGCCUUGGAUAAGCUGACUUCAGUGAUUACUACACUCAAUCUAGAACGUGUUCGCCAAAUUAAAAGCCGAUUGGUUGCAAUAACAGGACGGGUUCAAAAGGUAAGGGAUGAACUAGAACACUUACUAGAUGAUGAUGACGAUAUGGCUGAGAUGUAUCUGACUGAAAAGUUGGUUCAAAAACACCUAGAAAGUUCUUCUGCUUCCUCUAUGAGUGAGACAGAUGACAUAGUUGAUGAAGGUUCUCAAUCAGACAUGGACGACAGGAUGGAUGCUGAAAUCUCAUUGGAAGCUAAGGGGUGUUCCACUAGUUAUGAAGCUGGAACUCAAAACCAUGACAAUUACCCCCAUGGGAAGCAUACAAGCACUGUUCCGAGUGGUGUGGAUGAGAAGAACCUCGAUGUAAAGGAGCUUGAAAUGAUCUUGGAGCCAUACUUCGUGCAAGUUGAUGGUACACUAAACAAAUUAUCCACGCUGAGGGAGUACGUAGACGACACAGAGGACUACAUCAACAUAAUGCUGGACGACAAACAGAACCAGCUCCUGCAAAUGGGGGUCAUGUUAACGGCAGCAACCCUCGUGAUAAGUACGUUUAUUGUAAUAGCAAGCGUUCUGGGCAUGAACAUCCAUAUCCCGCUCUUCACUAAUCCAAAUAUGACGACGGGCAUGAAAAAUUUCUUGUGGACCGUCGGGGGCGGCACCACCGGGAUGAUAUUCUUUUAUGUCUUUGCUAUUGCCUACUAUAAACGCAAGAAAUUGCUAUAAUAUUAUUAGUGAUCGAACGCCGGCCGGAGAGAGCCCAUUGAUCGAUUGCUACUUCUGCUUGUUAUUAUCAUCAAUAUCAUGAUCAUUCAUGGACAUCAAUCUGAAAUGCUUAAUUCCGGUGCUGGUUAAUAACGCUAUACAGUUUUUCUUUUUUCUUUUUUCUUUUUCAGAUUAAAAUGGGAAGGUUUAGACAUAUAUAUGUAAAUCCAUGGCAGAUUUGAUGGACCGUCGGAUGAUUGGCACUGUCAUGUCAAGAACGUGAGAUAGUAGUGAGAUAAAGUAUGUUUUCUAGCA